UCUCUCUCUCUCUCUCUCUCUCACACACACACACACACAUGAUAACAUCUUUUAAAAGGCAAGUAUCAGAGAGGGGAAUCUUUUUCAUCAUUUUAAUCGAAAGUGGGAUACUCACUCGAAAAAGAAGUACCUUGUUGCGAUUGUCCUUUGAAUACGUCACAAUAAGGUCCGUACCUCAUUUUAACCCUGUUACGGAGUCCAGAACGAAUCAAUCUGUUACAGAAGACAGAACUUCCAUUGAACCAGUAUUGCAGCGGUACUGGACAUUUACAUUUAAAAAAAGGCAUCCCUUAUCGGUGAUUGAUUUGUUCUUCCCACCACCAAAAAUCCUCCUCAAUAGACAUGUCGAGCAACAAUAAAGAAAGUGAUCAACGUCAACCUCGACCGGUUCAUGUCACUUUAUCAAAGGACGUCAAGACUGGUAAAGAUGGACAGACUGAAGGGAUGGAAAGACAGGCCGCCAUAGUCAACUUGUCCCCUUCGAUCUGUGGUACGUUGAUGAGGGCGCACCCUCAUUCUUCGUCGGCGGUUCAUCACCACGGUGAUCAAGACACCAUAGUUUACGCGGUCAGUGGUCACGGGACCGUGGUCACCUCUUCGAAUGACGUCGAGGGAGACCUCAGACAAGACCUCAACCCGGGAGAUUGGGCCCUCAUCCCGGCUUACAGGGAACAUCAGGAAGUCAAUGAUGGUGACGAGGAGGUCGUCUGGGUGAUCGUACGUGCUCCUUCAGGGGCACCAGUGGUUGAAAACCUAAGUGGUUGGGGAGAGAGUAGAAAAGGGACGCACCAAUAAAUAGGUGAGGAGGGGAGGGACUUGGAAAAAACACUUGCAAAGCCCCCUUGCGUGGUAAGUGAGGACCAGGGAAUCGAAAUUCAAACAGAGAUAUGUGGUAUUACUGUACUUAACCUGGGUCCUGUAUACAUAUAAUCAGACGCAGAAUGGUACAAACAUCAUACCUCUCAGUUGAGAAGACUAGGAUACUUGUUGAAAAU